AUGAAAGUGGGUACAUUAUUUCUUCUCCUUGCUUUUGGAUCUCUUUGGCCAUGCCGUACUCACUGCCUCCCGGCUGGCUGUAAGAUAAAGAAGCUGAUACUGCCUUUUCCCAGCACAACUGUGGAUUGUAAGUACCAGGGCCUCCCCUCGGUCCCUCACGACAUACCGCCAAACGCCGACCGGGUGAACCUUGUGUACAACGCCAUCACAACCGUGAAUACCCUGCCGCACCUCCCUCAGCUGUAUUCCCUGGAUCUCAGCGACAAUUCCAUUGAGACUGUGGUCUGGGAGUCUCUGUGCAACCUUCCUGCUCUGGGGACUCUCUACAUGUGUCGCAACCGGCUCCAGUAUGUGAGGCUUGACGCAGUCAUUCAGUACCUCCCCAAGCUGAGGCAUGUGUAUCUUGCUGAAAACAAACUCGUGUCCUGUUCUCUCUAUGAGCUAGGCUGGCCGCAAAUCACCUCGACAAUAAUCUUGGAAAACCCCGCUCCGUGUGACUGCACCUACUACGGCCUGAACUACAGAACGUGCGCGGAGAGAGGAGCCGACGCCCGCUGCUCGUCAUGCUCGGUCUGCUUCUUCGUCUCGGGUAGAAAGAGUGAAGAUUUCUACUGCAAGCGCCCAGACGAGGCAAGCCAGGUCCCUUCAGCAAACGGGUCUACCCACCUGGCGGAAUGUGAACGCCAAAGGUCUAUGGCAAGAGCUACAACUACAGAAGUUGAUACGACAACUACAGCACAUGCUCAACGUACACUGAAAAGCAUUGGGUUGGGCUCUUCUACCACCAAAGAUGAACUGAAUCUAUUACAACCUACGUAUACCGCAAGAGCAACUAAUACUUCUACCGUGUCAGUCAUGGUGGAUACCGACAAACUGCAAGCCACUGGGAAUAACUCUGUCGAUCUCUUCACCAAUGGUUCGUACCUCAACACCACACCAACCCUACCACGGGCAGCAGUCAACACUACAAAGACACCCGACAACCAGUUCAUCACCUUGACAACCGCACCAACACACCCCACACAGACCGGAUUCUCAAAGUCCUCUCCUAGUUCCACAGGCUCGAAUGGCCGAGAGUUCAGCCAGAUCGUUUACAUCUCCAUCUUCGUGGUUGAAACCGCGCUGACCUUGAUGUUCAUCAGCUGCUUCGUUCGGCUAGUACGGAUGAGGGGCAAAAUGGGCCGCAAUCGCCGUCAGGAAGUCAGCAUGGGCCCCUCCAUCCCUUUGCAACAGAUCUCCCACCAAUACUAG